AUGUAUGCUAUUGAAGACGACUUUUCUGCCAUUUUCUUUCUUCGUUUCACUUAUAAUGUAAGACGGCUGCGAGUAUGUAAGUAUCUAAUUAAACGGAAUCUAUUACUCGGAGAGGGCAUUCAAUUACUCGAGGCGCAACGGAAUUUUACGAUAGCAAGCAUUACCUUCUAUUUGCGAAGACAGCGGUCCCAAACUACAGAUCUCCGAGUGCUCGAAAAGGGAGGCGUUUAUGAUGCGGAUCGUCUUUUGAUAUGA